AUGGAUUCAUGCAUGCUUGUUGUUUCUCUCAUUCUUGAGAUCAUCUUCAUUGCUCUAUUUUCCUCACACCCUGUAGUAGCAGCUAACUCGAAACUCUUCAGAGAAUACAUAGGAGCUGAGGACAAAGGUGUUACCUUUUUAGAUGUACCCAUCAAUGAAGACGUAGAUUUUCACUUCAUCCUUUCCUUUGCUAUUGAUUACACCACCUCUUCUUCUUCCCCUCCUUCCCCCACCAAUGGUGAUUUCAGGGUUUACUGGGAUACACAAAACCUCAACCCUUCUCAUGUAUCCUCCCUCAAAACACAUCAUCGGAAUGUGAAGGUAGCUAUGAGUCUAGGAGGCGAUACAAUAGCAAACAAUGAGAAAGUAUACUUCAGCCCUAAAACAAUCAAUUCCUGGGUUAGAAAUGCCAUUCAUUCCAUAACAGAUAUAUCAAGACAGUAUCAUUUGGAUGGCAUAGAUAUCGACUAUGAACACUUCCAUGCAGAUGCUGACACAUUCGCUGAGUGCAUUGGGCGACUUCUUUUCUUCCUAAAACAAAAUGGGGUGGUCUCAUUUGCAUCAAUAGCACCUUAUAAUGAUGAUUCCGUGCAACCCCAUUACUUGGCCUUGUGGAGGAAGUACGGGCAUCUCAUAGACUACGUUAACUUUCAGUUCUACGCCUAUGAAAAGGGUACAAAUAUUUCUCAAUUCCUGAAAUACUUCGACGAACAGAGCUCUAACUACAGAGGUGGUAAGGUCCUAUUGAGCUUUGGCACCGAUGGAAGCGGAGGGUUGUCUCCGGAAAGUGGGUUCUUUAUGGCAUGUCGCAGGCUGAAGCAUCAGGGGAAACUUCAUGGCAUAUUUAUUUGGUCAGCGGAUGACUCCAUGAAAGAUGGUUUCCGCUAUGAGAAACGCUCACAAACCCUGUUGGCCAAAUCAAUAUGAUCUAUUCCGAAAUUAGUGUUGAAAUUGCAAGAUUUUGGUCUUGUUGUUGUGAUAAUAUUUUCAUGAAAUUUGUAUUCUUUGGCAAUUAGUAUAACUUUGAAAGAGUGGGGUCUAAGUCUAAGCCUAUUUGGCAUCUUCAAAAUUUUUUA